UUUAGUACUCCCUCGUACACACAUCAAAAUUCACAUCAGUCUCUAGUAAAUUAAAUUCCAAAAUGGGUCCAAAUUCACGGCGCUGCCUUACGUUGCUUUUUGUGGCGGUAUCUUUUCUGGCGCUCCACCUAAUCGAUGACCAUAUAAAAAUGAAGGAGCCGAUUCUCGCCUGUCGUGGCCAAGAAAUCCAGGAGAUCCAAGACGAUUUGGUGCAUCGGGCAGAUCAUUGCUCUAUAGAAAAGAUAGUAGUGGAUGACUCUCUGGAGUAUCUGCAGAUUAGCUGCCAUGUGGACGAACUGCCAGAAGGUUAUGUACGAAGACUAAAGCCCGUGGAUUAUGGCCGCAGUUUCUUCCUGAACCAGCGCAUUGCGAAGCCUUUGAAGCGCCAGUGGAAUUUCCGAGUGCCCACGAAUGCCGUGAACGGACUGAGUUUGCUGGCUUGAUUGAUUCGACUCCACUAGACUGAUAAAAGAAAA